UUCAAACCCCAAUUCCUAGCUUAUAAAUCACAUAGUCGAAAUUGUUCCAUGAAACAUUUCAAAAUUGGCACCAAAUCAGGUUAGUUCAUCGCACAAAAGCGAUCAAUUCGGAGAGUAUUUCCACAAAAAAAAUGAAGCAAUCGAAGGACCCAUUUGAAGCGGCGUUUGAGGAGCAGGAGGAAUCUCCACCGAACUCCCCCUCCGCUGCCGAUGAUCUCGAAAUUCAGACCAACGUUGCUGCCACCGCCGACGCCGACGCUAUUGAUUUGCACGAUGGUGACGAUGAUCCAAAAACCGCCGCCGCCGCCGCCGCCACAAAUUCCGGUGUUCCUUCUGCAUCCACUACUUCUUUGUUUGUUUCGUCUUCCUCCAAUAUCUCUGCCGCCCCUAAAACCAAAGAAGACGACGAUGAAGAAGAGGAAGAGAAUGUCGAAGUGGAGCUCGCUAAAUUCCCCUCGAGCGGCGAUCCAGAUAAGAUGGCGAAGAUGCAAGCCAUUCUCUCACAAUUUACAGAAGAACAGAUGAGUCGUUACGAGUCCUUUCGCAGAGCUGGAUUUCAGAAAGCUAAUAUGAAAAGGCUAUUAGCAAGCAUCUCGGGAACACAGAAGAUUUCUGUACCAAUGACGAUCGUAGUGUCUGGGAUAGCAAAGAUGUUCGUUGGUGAACUCGUAGAAACGGCUAGAGUAGUUAUGACUGAGCGGAAUGAUUCUGGAGCUAUCAGGCCAUGCCAUCUCCGAGAAGCGUAUAGAAGACUAAAGCUUGAAGGUAAGAUUCCUAGGAAAUCAGUGCCUAGACUCUUUCGCUAAUCGGUCUAUUCAAUUUCUAGUCUUUGUAUUAGGAGUUUUUGUAGGCAAAACAUCUCAUCAUAUAUAUUCCUAAAGUUUCUAACAUAUUUUUGUAUAAAAUUGGGUUGUUUAUGUAUCAAACUUCUGAAAAGGAGGAAAACUCUGCACUUGAAUUGAACUUGUACAUUUUAAACAUUAGAACACAUUUAAUAAUAUUAUAUGAUGAUAUGCUAUGUUCA